GAGCAGGAGCAGAGAGCAGCCAUUGCUGUGUCUGUAGAUGCUAGAAUCAAGUGGGCUAAGGGACCUUUUCCGUAAGGGGGAGGAGUUACGACGCAAGGGGGAGGAGCUAGGCCAGCGGGAUUGGCAGCAGGUUUUUUUAGGUAGAACGUCUGUCUGAUAUUAAAACAGAAAAUAUAGAGGGAGAAGAAGAGACAUAUGUGACUGAUAUGAAGGCAGAAGAUACAGAGAGAGAAGAAGAGACGUAUGUGACUGGUAUAAAGGCAGAAGAUACAGAGGGAGAAGAAGAGACGUAUGUGACUGAUAUAAAGGCAGAAGAUAUAGAAGGAGUAGAAGAGAUGUAUAUGACUGAUAUAAAGGCAGAAGAUAUAGAGGGAGAAGAAGAGACGUAUGUGACUGAUAUAGAGGCAGAAGUUAUAGAGGGAGAAGAAGAGAUGUAUGUGACUGAUAUAAAGGCAGAAGAUAUAGAAGGAGUAGAAGAGACGUAUAUGACUGAUAUAAAGUCAGAAGAUAUAGAGGGAGAAGAAGAGACGUAUGUGACUGAUAUAAAGGCAGAAGAUAUAGAGGGAGAAGAAGAGACUUAUGUGACUGAUAUAAAAGCAGAAGAUAUGGAGGCAGAAGUUAUAGAGGGAGAAGAAGAGAUGUAUGUGACUGAUAUAAAGGCAGAAGAUUUAGAGGGAGAAGAAGAGACAUAUGUGACUGGUAUAAAGGCAGAAGAUACAGAGGGAGAAGAAGAGACGUAUGUGAGGGCUGAUCAUCAGUGUAAGGAGGAGGAGAUCCCUACAGAUAUCAAAACAGCAGAUGGACACACAAGCAGGAAUAUCACAAAAGGACAUCUAAAGUUAUCCCCGGAUUGUGAAAUAAGAUAUAAUGACAGUAUACAGGAUUCUCCAGGAGAUAACCCCAUUACCCCAAUUAUACAUCCAGUUCUAUCAGCUGAUCCCUCUGAUCCUGGGAAAUGUUCUCCUGAUCACUCUGAUAUUGGUGCAUCUGUUACAGCUCUGACAGAAGAUACAGUGUUUCCGUGUUCUAUAGAUGCCAAUUAUUUUACACAGAACACAAAACCUAUUAACCCACAGACAGGUAAGGCAGGUGAGAGGCCAUUUCCAUGUUCUGAUUGUGGGAAAUGUUUUAAAUACAAAUCGUUUCUUCAUAGACAUCAGAGAAGUCACACAGGUGAGAGGCCAUUUCCAUGUUCUGAGUGUGGGAAAUGUUUUGCACAGAAAUCAGAUCUUGUUAAACAUCAGCAAAGUCACACAGGUGAGAAGCCAUUUCCAUGUUAUGAGUGUGGGAAAUGUUUUGCACAGAAAUCACUUCUUGUUAUACAUCAGAAAAGUCACACAGGUGAAAAUCCAUUUUCUUGCUAUGAGUGCAGGAAAUGUUUUACCCGGAAAUCACAACUUGCUACACACCAAAGAAGUCACACAGGCGAGAAGCCAUUUCCAUGUUCUGAGUGUGGGAAAUGUUUUGCGCAUAAAUCAGAUUUUGUUAAACAUUACAGAAGUCACACAGGUGAGAAGCCAUUUCCAUGUGCUGAGUGUGGGAAAUGUUUUGCACGGAAAUCAGAUCUUGUUGAACAUCAGAGAAGUCACACAGGUGAGAAGCCGUUUUCUUGCUCUGAGUGCGGGAAAUAUUUUUCCCGGAAAUCACAACUUGCUACACACCAAAGAAGUCACACAGAUGAGAAGCCAUUUCCAUGUUCUGAGUGUGGGAAAUGUUUUGCGCAGAAAUCAGAUCUUGUUAAACAUUACAGAAGUCACACAGGUGAGAAGCCAUUUCCAUGUUCUGAGUGUGGGAAAUGUUUUGCACUCAAAUCAGAUCUUCUUAGACAUCAGAGAUAUCACACAGGUGAGAAGCCAUUUUCUUGCUCUGAGUGCGGGAAAAGUUUUACCUGGAAAUCCAAACUUGUUAUACAUCAGAGAAGUCACACAGGUGAGAAGCCAUUUCCAUGUUCUGAGUGUGAGAAAUAUUUUGCAUACAAAUCAGAUCUUGUUACACAUCAGCAAAGUCACACAGGUGAGAAGCCAUUUCCAUGUUCUGAGUGUGAGAAAUGUUUUGCAAACAAAUCAAAUCUUCUUAGACAUCAAAGAAGUCACACAGCUGAGAAGCCAUUUUUAUGUUCUGAGUGUGGGAAAUGUUUUGCACACAAAUCAGAUGUUCUUAGACAUCAGAGAAGUCACACAGGUGAGAAGCCAUUUUCUUGCUGUGAGUGUGGGAAAUGUUUUACACAGAAAUCAGAUGUUCCUAGACAUCAGAGAAGUCACACAGGUGAGAAGCCAUUUUCUUGCUCUGAGUGUGGGAAAUGUUUUACACAGAAAUCAGAUCUUGUUAUACAUCAGAGAAGUCACACAGGUGAGAGGCCAUUUCCAUACUCUGAGAAAUAAAUAUCUUGUUGCACAAAAUAGACAUCACUCAGGUGAGGAACCAUUUUAAUAUUCUGGAGUAUACUCAUCAUUGCCAUGCGUUGUUCUUCAAGGUUCUUAUCCUAUCUCCUAUACUUUUUGCAGUAUACAGUUAGGUCCAUAAAUAUUGAAACAUUGAUACAAGUCUCGUAUUUUGGGCGCUAUACACCACCACAAUGGAUUUGAGAUGAAACAAACAAGAUGUGCUUUAACUGCAGACUUUCCGCUUUAGUUUGAGUGUAUUUACAUCCAAAUCAGGUGAACGGUGUAGGAAUUACAACGAUUUCUAUACAUGCCUCCCAAUUUUUAAGGGACCAAAAGUAAUGGGACAAUCGACUCAAAAGGUAUUUCAUGGACAGGAGUGGGCUAUUCCCUCGUUAUUUCAUCAUCAAUUAAGCAGGUAAAAGGUCGAGUAGAUUCCAGAUGUGACAUUUGCAUUUGAAAUCUGUUGCUGUCGACUCUCAAUAUGAGAUCCAAAGAGCUGCCACUAUCAGUGAAGCAAGUCAUCCUUAGGCUGAAAAAUCAAAACAAACCCAUCAGAGAGAUCGCAAAAACAUUAGGUGUGGCCAAAUCAACUGUUUGGAACAUUCUUAAAAAGAAAGAACGCACCGGAGAGCUUAGCAACACCAAAAGACCCGGAAGACCACGGAAAACAACUGUGGUGGAUGAAAGAAUUAUUUCCCUGGUGAAGAAAAACCCCUUCACAACAGUUGCCCAGAUCAAGAACACUCUCCAGGGGGUUUAUUUACUAAUAUUCGUGUUUGUGCCAUUUUUAUGGGAGUUUGAGCUCAAAUUUUAUCGGACUUAAUUUACUGCAACUUUUUGAAUCAAUAUACGGUAAUUUCCUAAGCUGCCGAGUUUUCUAGUUUCGUAUUUUCCGAUGUCGAUGUGAUUCAUAUUGUCGGGCAGUGUGUUACGGGAGUGAUUAGUAAAACACUGCCUGACAUAACACAAUGAAUCCCGGCCGGAUCUGUGAGAUCCGUGCAGGGCUUCAUUGUGUACGUUCUGAGAAAUGAUGAAAGGGUUAAAAUUAGAUUUAAAAAAUUGUGUGGGGUCCCCCCCUCCUAUGCAUAACCAGCCUCGGGCUCUUUGAGCCGGUCCUGUUUGUAAAAAUACAGGGGGAAAAAUGUGUAGGGUUCCCCCAUAUUUAAAAAACCAGCACUGGGCUCUGCGCCUGGUCCUGGUUCAAAAAAAUACAGGGGACAAAAGACAUAGGGGUCCCCCAUAUUUUUUAAACCAGCACCGGGCUCCACUAGCCAGUGAGAUAAUGCCACAGCCGGGGGACACUGUUAUACUAGUCCCUGCAGCCAUGGCAUUACCCCCAACUAGUCAACCCUGGCCAGGGUACCCUGGAGGAGUGGGGACCCCUUAAAUAAAGGGUUCUCCCUCUCCAGCCACCCAAGGGCCAGGGGUGAAGCCUGAGACUGUCCCCCCAUCCGUGAUCGGUGGAUGGGAGGCUGAUAGCCAUAGUUUAAAAUAAAAGAAUAAUGUUUUUUUUAGAACUACAAGUCCCAGCAAGCCUCCCUGCAAGCUGGUACUUGGAGAACCACAAGUACCAGCAUGCUGGAAAAUAAUGGGCCCGCUGGUAUGUGUAGUUCUACCAAAAAAUACCCCAAAAAAUACACAAGACACACACCAUGAAAGUACAAUUUUAAUUUACAUACAUGCACACUUACACACAUACAUACUUACCUAUGUUGACACAGAGCCCCUCGGACCUCUUCCCCAGUAGAAUCCACGGGGUACCUGUAAAUAAAAAAUAUACUUACAAACAAUCCUGUGUAGAUCGGUCCUCUUCUUUAUCUUUGUAAUCCACGUACUUGUUAAAAUAACAAAACGAACAACCCGAACCACCCACUGAAUGGGGUCCCAUGUAUACAAUGGAACCCCUUUCCUCGACUGGCGGGACCCCCCGUGACUCUGACUGUCAGUGAAGGUCCCGCCAGCCAAUCAGGGAGCACCACGUCAUGGCACUCUCCUGAUUGGCUGUGCGCUCCUGCACUGUUAAUCAGGAGGAGCGCACUGGUUACAAUGUAGCGGUGCGGAGCUCCAUUGUAACCAGUGAUGGGAACUUUGUGGUCUGCGGUUAACAGCAAAGUUAAUUGGGGUCACCCAUUAUGAAUAGCCCCAACACUGCCGCGAUUUGUGAUUAGUAAAUUCCUGUGUUGCCACUUAGAAAAAAAAACUGACAAAAUCGGGACUUUAGUAAAUAAACCCCACAGGAGGUAGGUGUAUAUGUGUCAACAAUCAAGAGAAGACUUCACAAGAGUGACUAUAGAGGGUUCACCACAAAAACAGGAAGUCCAGAUUAGAGAUUGCCAUACAACAUCUAAUAAGGCCUUUUACAGUUCUGGAACAACAUCCUAUGGACAGAUGAGACAAAGAUCAACUUGUACCAGAGUGAUGGGAAGAGAAGAGCAUGCAGAAGGAAAGGAACUGCUCAUGAUCCAAAACAUACCACCUCAUCAGUGAAGCAUGGUGGUGGUAGUGUCAUGGCGUGGGCAUGUAUGGCUGCCAAUGGAACUGGUUCCCUUGUAUUUAUUGAUAAUGUGACUACUGACAAAAGCAUUUCUUUGGGAGUUAUUAGCGUAAACCACUAGUGGGUUUAUCACUAAAAAGAGAGCUUAGUGUGUGGCGCACUCUUUUGUAAUGAUUUUGUUAAUGACAAAGUAAAAAAUGUACUUUUACUAAUAUCUGAAAAUAAAUCUCUUA